AUGUCGUGGCGUGGUCAAGGCAUCACCGGUAGCAAUAACAUCCCUCUGGGUAACCGUCGCAGGUUUGGUGCCGAAGAUGGCUCUCCUCCCGUCGAAGAGAGCUACAGCAGCGGCCCCGUAGAAGGCGAAAGCCUGAAGCGCGGUCGCAGCCCUGUCAGAGAGCUCAAUCCCGAUGGCACCAAGAAGAGAAAGAAGCGCAACCGAUGGGGUGACGCGACCGACAACAAGGCCGCUGGCUUGAUGAACUUGCCCACUGCUGUUCUCGGCAACAUGACAAGCGAACAGCUCGAUGCCUACACUCUGCAUUUGCGUAUUGAGGAGAUCAGCCAGAAGCUGAGGAUCAACGAUGUCGUCCCAGCCGACGGUGACAGAUCACCCUCUCCGCCUCCGCAGUACGACAACUUCGGUCGCCGUGUCAACACUCGCGAGUACCGCUACAAGAAGCGUCUCGAAGAAGAGCGCCACAAGCUGGUCGAGAAGGCCAUGAAGACCAUCCCAGGCUACCACCCUCCUUCUGAUUACAGACGUCCCACAAAGACCCAGGAGAAGGUCUACGUGCCUGUCAACGACUAUCCAGAAAUUAACUUCAGUAUGAUUGCUAACCUCUUCCCCCUCUUGUUCCCUAUGAUUAUGCAGGCUACAGCUGUCUGCUAUUCUGCCCCUAACCACUCACUGCUCUCAUUUGGUCUACUUAUUGGUCCUCGUGGCAACACCCUGAAGAAGAUGGAAACAGAAUCCGGCGCAAAGAUUGCUAUCAGAGGAAAGGGUUCCGUCAAGGAAGGAAAGGGCCGAUCCGACGCCGCCCACACCAGCAACCAGGAGGAAGACUUGCACUGUCUGAUCAUGGCCGACACCGAAGACAAGGUCAACAAGGCCAAGCAGUUGAUUCACAACGUUAUCGAGACGGUAUUUACCCACGACCUGAGACGGUCGCGCUACGUUGCGGAAUUUGAACUAACGUUUGGAUCACAGGCCGCGUCAAUUCCCGAAGGCCAGAACGAGCUGAAGCGCAACCAACUACGUGAACUCGCCGCGCUCAACGGUACGCUCCGUGACGACGAGAACCAGGCCUGCCAGAACUGUGGCCAGAUUGGACACCGCAAGUACGACUGCCCCGAACAGCGCAACUUCACCGCCAACAUCAUCUGUCGCGUCUGUGGUAACGCAGGUCACAUGGCAAGAGACUGUCCCGACAGACAGCGCGGCCAAGAUUGGCGCAACAGCGACCGUCCCGCUCCAGGAGCAUCUGGCCAUGCUGGUCAGCUCGAGCCUGCAGACACCGAGUUCAACAACCUCAUGCAAGAGUUGGGUGCCGGCGGCGCCAUCACCGGAACUGCAGCCCCUGCUCGCAUUGAAGCUGGUGGAUACGGCGACGACCGUGGAGCAGCCAAGCCCUGGCAGCGUGGACCCACCGGAGGACCUGCACCCUGGCAGCAAGGAGGAGGUGGCGGCGGCGGUGGUGGUGGUGGUGGUCGCGAGCGCGAGGGUGGCAGCUCAGGCGGACCUGCACCAUGGGCCGCUGGUGGUUCCGGCGGCGGCCGCGCAAGCGACAACUACGGAGGAGGAUACGGCGGUGGACAAGGCUCAGGCGCUGCACCAUGGCAGCAACAGCAACAGCAACAGCAACAGUCCAGUCAUGCAGCAGCACCUCAGGCAGGUGGAUAUGGCGGCGGAUAUGCAGCCGCUUAUGCUGGUUACGGAUACGGCGCAGCACCGGGCUACGAGCAGGGCUAUGCCCAGGCAGCGGCACCAGGUAUGGCACCAUGGCAGCAACAAGGCUACGGCGCAGCAGGAAGUCCUCCACCUCCUCCAUCUGGUGAUGCGCCUCCUCCUCCUCCGCCGCCUUCGGAAAACCCUCCCCCACCUCCCCCACCCGGCGCCUAA